AUGGCAAUAUGGGAUGUCGACAGUGCGAGGCCGACGAGCCAAACUCAACAGUCGUCGCCAUUGUCCCUGCAAAGCCCCGCGUCAUCAGAAUACGAACAAGACAAGAAUAACAACAAACAUGUUCGGACUCGUUGGAAGAGAGUCUACGGAGAAAUUGAACCAAAAUUCAAAGAAUGGACUCCACCAAUGCUAAGAGCACCUACGCUCGUUCUUCUUGCUAUUUUCUGCUUCGGGAUGAUUGCGGCUCUGGAAGCCUUCGACUAUGCUACGCGCACCCAUGUCCUAUCGCCACAGGAUGAAAAUGCCUUCAAUCUUGCCCGGUACAUGCCAACACUCGGAGUAAUCGCGAUCGGAUAUGUAUUCAAAGCGCUGCGGAGGAAGCACUGGGUGAUGUCGACAGGACUGAUGGUCGCGUUCAUCUGCGGAGCUUUGGUGCCUUUUGCCAACUCGUUGACAUACAUCAACCUCUUCGCCUCAAGAAACGUAUCAGCCACAUUCUUGCAAGCAUCCAGCUUCAACUUUGAUCAGCAUCCUCUGGCAAUGCCUGAUGGCUCGCUCAAUAUUCCAUGGAAUUACACUGGCGCCUUACCAUAUGCCCGUGUCUACUCGGAGCAGCAAGGAAAUAACCCUCCCGCCCUAUGGACCACAGGGCCCUAUGCGUUCGACCAGUUUACAUUUCAAAAUGAAUCCGCAUUGCCGAAUGCUACCUUGACUGCCGAUGUGAAUUCGAUUUCUGCGUCCCUGGAUUGCCACCAGGUUCGGUAUGAUAUGACGGGUGAGGACUACAAAAUCUUCGUGGCUAAUCCAGAUGACCUCAAAAAAGCUGAAUGUCCGGGACCAGUCGAAAUGGUUUUUGGUACCAGGGCCAUGCCAGGGUCUGCUUGGCUGAACGUGACCCAGUGUUCUGACAACGAUGUGCGUCUAGCAGCGAGCUUUCUCUCCGGCGAAGGGGUCGUGCCCGACAUCCUGAACUACUCCGACAAAUUGGUGGUUACGGGGUUGCUCUGCUCGCCGCGCUUUCUUUCCCAGCAAAUCAGCCUUUCGGUCAACGCAACGACCAACGAGAUCACUGCCUUCUCGCCUACAUCCGAGCCGCAGAACUUGGAUAUCAAGACCUCUACUGAAGCUCUCGCGGUCUAUUUGUUGAACCCUUUAGAUACUACAACGCAGAGCCGAUUCGGACAAGGCACACGCGGCGGUCCAUUUGAUGCUACUGCGAAGCCUAUAGCGAAUAUCGGGAAUAUAUCUGCUGCGGCUGCGAACCUUUUAGGCUCAGCAGACGGUGUGUUAUUAGACGUGUUCAUGAGCCAAAUACUGGACCUCGCAUCUGCAGACGACACCAAUAAUCUUGACCAGCUUCAAGCCAAAGUAACGGAUUUGGCAAGCAGAAUAUGGGCGGAACUGAUCAGCUUUUUGGCGAGGACAGAAACGUCAAGGCCUUUAUCGGGAACGGUGACCAUCACGGAGCCGAGAGUUCUUCUACGAGAGUUCGCUCUAAGAGCCUUUGAAGCUCUGUUAGCAGUUAUAGGUAUCUUUACGGUUGUCUUUAUGGUCGCACUCCGGCCAAGAACUGUCCUCAACCAGGAUCCAGGUCCAUUGGGAGCUGCCGCCGCCAUCCUUUCUACUUCAGACAGGCGUACCGAAACACAAAUGGCGAAAGAAGCCAUAACAUCAGAGCGGUCAAUGUACACAAUGCUCCAGCAUGCCCAGUUUAGACUUCAGAAGAACGAAGAUGGAGGCUAUGGAGUCACGAUGAUUCCCAUCCAGGAGCAAGACAACGUCGAACUAGUAGCCCUCGAUUCUCGGAAGCUUGGGCAAGUGGAAUACCUGGCCGCAUCAAGCGGUCAGGACAUGGAAUCGGCAUCAAGAGGGAGCAAUGUGUCCAAGGGUUGGAGGCCAAUCCCCCUACGUCUUCCAUCCAAGAUUGCUCUGCCGCUAGCAAUCGUAGCGGUGAUGAUAGCUCUCGCAAUAAUGCUGUGGCAGUCAAACAAAUUGAAUGGCAUCUGCAGAGACACGCAGGCUUCAUCAACCGCUUUGACCCUUGUCACGUCGGCUCUUCUCGUCCUCCUCGGAUAUUGCUGUGCUGGUGUAGACGCAGCUGCCCAGUCAUUAGCCCCGUUCAACGUCAUGCGGAAAAGGCCGAAUCAGCAAAGUCUAUUCACGGAUGACCUAUCGUUCAUCGGCCGCUUCGCCGCGCUCGGAUCGAGGAGAGUCAGCAUCGCCUUGUUUGCAUCGGCCGCGUAUCUGGUUAUCAUUCCUGCACUGAAGCUUGUGGCUGCCGGCCUCUACUCUCCAGUUCCUACACAGGCUACGGAAUGGGUGGACAUAACCGUGGACGCCAGCCUCGUCACAAACCUCGAAAAAACUUUCAACAACCCAUACCCAACUGAUAGCGUCAAAACAGCAUGUCAGUUCACAGAGUGGGAAAGCAUACCCCAAUUCGAUCUCCCAUCGAGGUCUGGCAUCAUUGGAAACCUUGUAUUGAGCAACAUGACCGCGAUUUUGGACCGUCCAGAGAACAGUGUCCUAUCAGGGGGGUCAAUUGAAGCUCGCGUCCCUGCCAUUGCGAUCGAUAUCCAGUGCGAGACCAUCUCCAGCGAUAACUUCAACAUAUCCAUAAAACGAAGCGACGCAAUCACGACACCUCACCCGAAGAACUAUACAUUUGGGUGGUACUGUGCAACGGACGAAUGUCGCCAUGUCUAUAACACGACCUACCAGAUGACCUAUCUGCAGACUUACGACUACUACCCGUCCAUCCCGUAUUAUGUCGGCGGCACUGGAAUGACUGGGGCAGAUCCUUUCUACGGACUAUCGCAGAUGACAGUUGAUGUGCCUUAUUGGAUUUUCCUGGUGGAUUAUUCAUCUCUUGGGGGCUCGCUCUCGUCCUUCCACAACAUGACCCCGAUCAGUAACGAGACGAUCACAUGGGGAAAGUCAGACACGUUCAACGUCUCAUUACCAAGAACCAUAGGGACAUAUUGCACAAACAAUCUGAGUGUCGUUCAUGUGAAUACCACUUUCACCAGGCCCACCCAGGUCGAGAUCGGCGGAGGAAUGGAACGACUCCCCUGGAGACCUAUGUCCGUCGACACCAGCUCGAUCGUCUAUGAAAGACCCUACCCCAAACUGAAGCCUUACUACUUCGCUCCUCCGUUUCUACAGGCAAACCAAUACAUACAAGACAAUGACAAUCUCGACGGAAAGCUAGUAGGAGAUUCCCUCUGGCCAAGCCGCGGAAGCAGCAAGAACAUGUUCGAGCUACUCGCGUCAGACGCUCAAAACCGGGUUGGGAACCUGUCUCACCUGCUCGACCCGGAGGGCCUGGCCGAUUCGGCUCGGCAUGUUUACACCCAGUACGCAGCCCAGCUGCUCACGGAGCUUCGCUCCGCCACUGCCAAUGCAACCCUAUCGACAGGGAACCAGACCGUAGCGGCGACCCUGACAUAUCCACAGCCUCGCAUGCGACAGGAUGCUCGUGCAACAUACGUGAUCGAGGCACUUUUAGCGGCCGUGAUUUGCUCUAUUCUCCUGAUUUUCCAGCAGUUCCCCAGCAAAGGCAUCAUACCGAAGCCCCCAGGCUCUAUCGCAGCUCGAUUCUCUCUUCUAGCAAACAGUAACCUUGUCGGGCAGAUGCGGCAGGCGCAGGUGACUGACCUGAGAGAGGUGCGGAAAUGGGGAGAGCCCGCCGCCCUGGGCUGGUGGCAGACUAGCUUGCCCGCAGACUCUGGCGAUAACGCAUCUCUCUGGCGAUGGGGAAUUGACGUUGGACGGGAUUUCACGGAGGAGUUCAGUCAGCAGUCUUGA